AUGUCAUCAGACUUGGCAAUGCUGCCUCUUAAGCUCGGAAAACUCGGGGAGAGUAGUUUAUUUAAUACAGGGAAAGAGACACAUACUCUUAAUAAUGCAGAAGAUCUAAAUACAGAAGAGAUAGAUCAAUUCGUUGCAAGUUCUGGAAAAGUUCUUAAGCUACGAAAGAGAAAAAACCAAACUUUUGAAAAUGAUACCACUGCAAAAUUAAACAAUGAAUGGAGAACAGACCAGUCGUAUGGAAUAAAUAUCAAUGUUCUUCUGGACAGAAUUGAAGCAACAACUCCAACCACUGACCAAAACCUCAACUCUAUAACAAAAAAUAAGAACAAACAGAGCAAACUUUGGGUGGAGAAAUGGCGUCCGAAAGGUUUUUUAGACUUAGUAGGUAACGAAAGAAACAAUAGAAGAAUCUUACGUUGGUUGAGGCAGUGGUCGCCUGUAGUAUUCAAAGAGGAAUUACCUAAAUUGCCUAAAGAGCCUGAAGAAAAUAUUGAUAUGGACCCUCUACUGAGGCCACAGAAAAGAAUAUUGCUUAUUCAUGGCCCUCCUGGUAUUGGGAAAACUUCGGUCGCACAUGUUCUGGCUAAACAAGCUGGGUUCUCUAUAGCUGAAAUCAAUGCAAGUGAUGAAAGAGCUGGUCCAUUGGUGAGAGAUAAAAUUAACAAUACACUGUUCAAUCAUACAUUCAACGGUAGCCCUGUUUGUUUAGUAGCUGAUGAAGUAGAUGGAAGUUUGGAAGGUGGGUUUAUUAGAGUCUUGCUCGACAUAAUAAAUAAUGACGAGAAGGCAACGCAAAAGCUCACAUUAGGCCAAAAUAGUAGCUUUAUAAAAAAACUGAAAUCUAAAUCUAAAAAAAAAACACAGCAGCGUCUCUUAACUCGUCCAAUAAUAGCUAUAUGCAAUAAUUUAUAUUCGCCUGCUUUAGAAAAGUUAAGACCUCUCUGUGAGAUCGUCUCCUUCAAAAGACCUUCUGAUAAAGCUUUGCUAGAGAGACUUGAGCAUGUAUCCAUCAAAGAGGGUUUGGAGCUUAAUAAGAAAACUUUAAAUGAGCUAAUUGAUUUGGCACAAGGAGACGUUAGAAAUUGUAUAAAUAACCUGCAGUUUUUGGCAUCCGGUAAUCAAUCGACAUCAACCGAUAAUAAUAAUACAUGGGACAAUUCGAAUAAGGAUUCGAUUGUUUCCUGGUUUAGAAUUGUCAAUGCCUUAUUCCGAAAGGAUGCACAUCGUGACGUCAAAGAACAAUUCCGAGACCUAUUGCAUGCAGUAGAAGUGAAUGGAAGUUAUGAUAGAAUCGUCCAAGGUUGCUUUUCACUGUUCCCAUAUGUUAAAUAUUCAGAUAAUGGUGUGAAGAAACCGGCAGUCGUAUCAGAUUGGUUGUAUUUCCACGAUCGGAUGUUUAAUUCCUUAUAUCAACAUAAUGGUGAACUACUACGUUAUUGUUCGAUAGUACCCCUGGCAUUCUUCCAAAACUUUGGUGAUGUUGCAAAUAAGGAAGAUAUGAGAAUUAAGAAUGCAGAAUUUGAAAACAGAGAAAUCCAAAAAUCAAAUGCAGAUAUUUUAUCUUCUCUAAUUCAUCGAAUCUCAAUGGAAAAUCCCAAAAUGAUGUCGUUUAUCGAUAGGAAUACCUUAAUAUUUGAUAUACUUCCAUACGUUGACCGAAUGCUGUCAUCUGAUAUAAGUAAGGUUAAGGACUUAACAGUGAAAUCAGCUAUGCUUGAAGACCUCCUAAACAUUUUAAAUUAUUUCGUUCUCAAAAUUACCCAAGUACCAGCUUUUGGGAUGGAAAUCAAAAACAGUCUUACACUGGAUCCACCAAUUGAUAAAGUAGUACUAUUAGAACCUUCGUCUGUGAAGAAUGCGACAUUUAAGAGACCAACAAUGUUGCACUUACUUUUGGCUAAAAUAGAAGAGAGAAAAGUAAAGAAGAGAAGAAUUGAUAAAGUUGAAAAGCAGUUACAAACUGAGGAAGAAGACCGUGCAACUAAGAAAAGUAAAAUUUCAUCUGGAAGAGGAAGUACAAUAGAUUUCUUCAAGAGUCAAUAUAGUGCAAUAAACAAAGAAACAGCAUCAUCCCAGGAUAUUCCAAAGCAAAAUGCUGAUGCAGCUGGUCGAGCAGGGUCUAAAAAUGAGGAAACAACCCGUAUCUGGGUUAGGUAUAAGGAAGGGUUUUCCAAUGCUGUAAGAAAGAAUGUUACAUGGGAAUCAUUAUGGCAAUGA